AUGACGGAUGAGAGGAUGGGCGGGCAAUGCCGCAGGAGCGACGGCGAGGCCGUGCGGCACUUGACUGAGCCCGAGUAUGGUACUAGUAGAGCUGCGGCAGCUCCCCUGCGACUGUCAGGCGCAGCCGCCGGGUGGCAGCACUACGAGUGCGUCCACGAGGAGCAGUCCUUGUGCGGCAGGAGCAGACUGUACUCAAUAGUAUUGGACCCAAUCAAGCAAGCGGGAGUCGGACUGUUACUGGGAGAGCAGGAGGAAUCCAAGGUGGUGACAGUCAAGCAGGUCGUGCCCCGUGGUUCAGCCGACAGGGCAGGGAAGGUGAAGGUCGGAGAUCAGGCUGCGUGGACAGGCGUCGGUGUGACCGAGAUGCGGCACCUCAUCAUCGGAGAGCAGGGUUCCGCUGUUCGCGUCACCUUCAGGAACCCAUCAUCGGGAGAAGUCUACGACCUCGACCUGAUUCGCGGGACCCCAGACUACUUCGAUGCUCUCCAGGGAGGUGGUUCUUCCCAGGCUCCUCCAGCUGGAGUCUCCCUAUAUGCCUCAGGCAAUCGGAUCCCCACCUUGAACAGAUACAUGCUCGGCACCUCAUGGUCGGCAGAGAUGUUCGCCAACGUUGUCGAGGAGACUAUGCCUCCGCCGCAGCCCGUGCAGGUCGAUCAGACUCCGCAGAGGGCAUUACAAGAGGAGAACGAAUGGCUGAGAUCGGCGUUGAGGAUGGCCGAGUCGACGAUCAUGCGGAACCGACAGGAACUUUCCAGGCAACCCUCCAUGCGAGAGCAGUACGACAAGAACGAGGUCGAUCAAGAUGCGAGGAUCAAGGAGAUCGAGAACAUCAACCGCGAGAAAGAUGACGAGAAGAGAGAGGUGGAGCAGCAGAUGCUUCAGGCUGAGAGAUACCGCCGUUCCCUUGAGGCUCGCCUCGCCGAGGCUCAGAGGCGGACUGAGUGGCAGCGGGAGAGCGAGCAUCAGAUUCAGAUCAAGAGGCGCGCGGAGGAGGAGAAGCGAUACCUCGAGAUGGAGCUCAUGCGGGCUCAAGUGAGCUCGCCGAAGGCCCAGCUCGCUCUCAGCUGA